AUGAUGUUCAAACAAAAGACAAAGAUUCUCCUGCUCAUGCCCACACUGCUCAUCGCGCUUACACGAGGCCAGACUUUUGGUCAGUCUGUUCUUGUCCACGAAUGGUCAAAUCUGGAAUUUGAGUGGCCUUCACAAGCCGACAAGGAGGAAUCCAUCAAAAAUAACACUUAUGUUCCGGAACGAAAUUUGCUGGCGGGAAUAAAAGUCUACAAGGGCGAGGUUUACGUGACCAUCCCACGCUGGUUCUGGCCAAAUGGUCAUCCAGCAACGCUGGCCAAAAUUGUGACUGUGAACAACCGCACGCUCCUGAGACCCUACCCGAACUGGGCUGCCCAGAAGCAAGGAAAUUGUGAAUCAAUUCAGUUCUCACAAAGCAUGGAGAUAGAUUCUAACAAGGGCCAUAUGUACGUCAUAGACACCGGCCGAGUGGGAAAUACUUUAAAUUUGUGUCCAGCUAAAAUUAUCGUAUAUGACUUGAAUACUGAUAAUGAAUUAAAUAGAUAUAUAAUGCCAGCAGAUGUGGUUAACCGGACAACCAACUACUUGAAUGAUAUAGUGCUAGAUUACGUCAAUGGGAGCGUCAGGUAUGCUUACGUUACAGAAGCUAAUGAGGGCAGUCUCCUUGUCUACGACUUCCAAACACGUCAUGGAUACAAGCUUGAAGACCAGUCCAUGAAAGCUGAAGAAGGUAAUGCAUCUAUCAUUACCAUCAACGGCACAGACUAUAGUUUUCCAUUUCCCAUGAACGGCAUCGCAAUGUCCCCAGAUUUUAAGUACGUUUACUAUUCAGCUGUGGCAGCGUUUGGAUUGUACCAGGUCCCCACGGCUACUUUAAGGAAAGGGACGGAUAAGACAGGCAUCAGACGUGUAGGGACUAGGGUAUCCCAAACUGGAGGGUUAACCCAUGGCAGCAAGCGAUUAUACUAUGGGGCCUCGGCACUCAAUGCUCUUUACUACUGGGACAUUGAACAGGACGUGGCGGAGCAAAAGUUACCCCUUGACCAAGUUAUUAUGAAGACGCAGCUGCAGUUAGUGAAGGACGAUGUAAAGAUGCAAUGGCCAGACACUUUUGGUUUUGACCAAGAGGGCUGGCUUUGGUUUGUCUCUAACCGUCUGCCAGAUUUUAACAGAACUGUUGGUAUGAUCGACGACGGCAAUCCCUAUAUAAGGGUUUGGAAAGUGUUUGUUAACGAAACAGGUUAUUUGUACCAAGGAGAUAUUAGAACACAGGAAAAGAAUGGCGGCUGUAAGCCAAUGAUUUUACAGGUUGCAGGUCUGCCUGUUCUACUUCUUUCAGCCCUUGUGUCUAGUCUUCUUGUCGUGUACGCUUCUAUGACAAUAUUUGAUGUUUAA